GAACUUUAAGCUGUCGGAGACGGAUCGUUCAGUUAUGGGGAAGCUGCUCUUCGAAUGUCCCGUAGAUAUGGCGUACUUCUGCUUCUUCCUGAUUCACGUACCGGUGACGCUGCUCAUCGAUAUACAAGCUUUGUAUCCGCGGUCAUUUACUCCAAGAUUUAUCGCUAAGUUGCCGGAGAUUUACGUGAGGAUGUCUCAAGACCCACUUAUAGGAGGUGCCAUGGGCUACUUUGGGAUUUCCGGCGAUUACGUCUGGUUCAAGACAUUCCUCAUCCUCGAGCUAUGCUUCCAAUUACCUGUCUUCUUCAUUGCAAUGCACGGCUUGCUGAGAGAUUCAAAGAACAUACAUGUGCUUCUGCUCGUAUAUGCCGCAUCUACAGCUACGACCACGCUUCCGUGUCUCGCUGUUGUCCUUGGGACACCGACUACGUCGCCGGAGACAAUCUCAGCCAACCUUAUCUCUGUCACCUCUGCGCAGCGUUGGCUACUCCUGGUAUCCUACCUACCUUUCUUUCUGAUACCCUUCGCUAUGGCGAUUGAUAUGGCGCUACGUCUCGCUGACCUCGUUGACACCGGAAUCCGCGCAGAGGCUGAUAAAGUAAUACUACGACAGUAGAAGCUAAUCGCAUUGUACGCAAACUAAUCAAUUUUACAUGUCUCAAAUGUUUGUAUACGAUGCGCUGGGGCGCGCUCAGACCCUAGGGAGCCAAUCU